AUGUCGUACGGUAGUCGCGCUCAUAAAGUUUCCAGCAUUUUUCGCAGGUUUUUUUCCUAUAACCAUAAAAAUUUAUUCCUCACAGAGUUGAUGGUCUUUUGAAAAACAAUGGCAUCAAAAAUUCUGAUCGCCCGCUCUGGUUCGAUGUGUAUCGAGCUUUUCCCCCUAGUGUCGAACCGAAUUAUGAAAGGCCACUGCCAGAUCAGCACGUCCGUAAUCUAAUAUACCCUGAGGAUUUCGGAAGAGUGUUUGUUGACUUUUUCCUGUCACUUUUUAGUUCAUUUUUAAGUAAAUUUGACGAUGACGAUCUACAUAAUUUGUUUAAUCCUAAAGAUGAAGGCUCGGUCAUGUCAAAGUAAGUGCUUAAUUUCGGCCGAAAUACCCCCAUCAAGGGUUAUUUCUAAGGGCAUGGCUUUAAAGUUGGAGGACUUCUGGGAUAAGGAGGACGUAUUCGACCGCAUCCGCGAGGCCCUUCAAAAGGACGGUGUCCUUCUGCACGAAAGGAAGAAGACCUGA